AUGGGGGCAGCAGCCUGCGCCGCCGCCGUGCGCGCCCUGGGCGUAGCCGUGGCGGCCGCGCUCCUGGCGUGCCGGUGCGCGGCGCAGCCGUCGGGCUCCGGCUGCAUGCCGGAGCUGGUCGGCCUGUCGCCGUGCAUGGACUACCUGUCGGGCAACGCCACGACGCCCGACGCGCCGUCGUGCUGCUCAGCGCUGUCGAGCAUGCUGAGGUCGAGCCCGGGCUGCCUCUGCACGGUGCUCGGCGGCACGGCCGCGUCGCUCGGCGUCGCCGUCGACGGCGCCCGCGUGGCGCAGCUGCCCGGGGCGUGCAAGGUCCAGGCGCCUCCUGCCACCCAGUGCAACGCCGUGGGAGCUCCAGUGGCGUCUCCGGCGGCGCCGUCAGACGCCAACGCGACCCCUGCAGGGUCUGGAUCCAAGUCUACACCAGCAUCCACCCUUCCAUACUCUGACGGAAAUACCGGGAAGCCUGGAAGGAUCUUCGUCUUCGCAGCCGCAGCACUGGCGCUGCUCCAUCGUUUGUGA